AUGUCGUUCCACAACCAUGCCGUUUACCAACGUCUCGAACCUUCUGGGCCUGCCUCUGAUAGAAGUUGGAUAUUCGGGAACAGCAUCAAGCACCAACAGAAGAAACCAAUAGUCAUCAUGGUCAUCAUCAUGGCGUCUGGAGCCAAUGGUGUCGAGGCGGUUGUGAGAGCUUGUCAUCGGUUGAGGAGUGGGCUGAUCAGGGGCUCCAAAACAAGAGAUCUGAUGAGAAAUACCCGCUUUCUGAUUGGUCAACACCGUCUAUCAAAUCCACCAAUGAGAAGCAAGAAAGAUCUGAAUGACCCUGAAGUGCGGCUCGUCUGCCCCAAACUGCUGUUUUGGGUGGUCGAUGGGCCUUGA